AUGGAAGAAGAAGAAGAAGAAGAAGAAGAAGAAGACGAGAAAGCCGUGUUAGAACAAGUCUUCGGACCCUCAUCAUCAUCAGAAGAAGAAGAAGAAGAGAAGUUGAAGUGGGUGGCAAUAGAGCAAGUUAAGGGUCUAUGGAUAUGCACCAACUUCCUCUCUCACCGCCACCAAGCCCAUCUUCUCUCCGCCAUCAACUCCCACAACUGGUUCACUCCCACCACCAACAACAACCAAGCCAUGCUCUUCGGCCACCUCCCUCCCUGGGCCCACCACCUCUCCCACCUCAUCCGCACCUCAUCAGCCUCCAUUCUCCCUCAACCUCUUCUCUCCAGAGAACCCUUCUUCGACCAGAUGAUCGUCAACAUGUACCUUCCCGGACAAGGUAUCUGCCCCCACGUUGACCUCUUGCGCUUCCAAGACGCCAUCGCCAUUCUCUCUCUCGAAUCUUCCUGCGUCAUGCACUUCACUCCCCUUCACUCCGAUUCGCUUCAAGUUCCCGUUUUGCUCACGCCGGGCUCCUUGGUUCUCAUGUCAGGGGAAGCCAGGUACCAAUGGAAGCACCAGAUUAAUCGCAACCCUGGAUUUCAGCUCUGGCAAGGAAAUGAAUUGGAACAAUCUAGAAGAAUCUCCAUUACUCUCAGGAAACUCUGCCCUGAUCCAUGA